GCCAACCAGCCGGCUGGUGGAAGGAGCCUCAUUGGAUGGUUGGGGAAUUUACAUUAUUAAUCAGAUUUCGGCCUGCCCUACUGAUUUUUUUUGUUUGCAGCUAGAAGGAAGUUCGCCCGACGCUGUCUGAGAAGGGUUGAGGUUUUGGCGCUGAGCGGAUCGCUUGGUGUUUGUUGUUUUCGGGAUCAGUCGGUGAGCACAGCUCUACUGUAAAAUUGGAAUAGGCCUGUCCAUUUCCAUAAUUCCUCAUAAAGUUGCUUGUUUGUGAGCUGAAAGAAGCUUUGAGUAAAUCCAAAACCAUUCCAUAUGAGGACUUAAACCCAUGACCUAAUUAAGAAGGAAUUUGCACAAUUUAAGGAACAGAAAGUACAGUCAGUAAGAGCUUCCCAAGGAAGAUUUCUGGGCACUGUCACUAUAGCAAACCACUUCAGAGGUAAAAGCAUCAUGGCUGUACAAAUAACAGUGAUACAGAAAAAAGAAUUUGCAAAUCAGAAAGAAGAUUCUGCUACUAGACUUAGUACUGAAGAGAAAUUGGAAACAAAAGACCAACCAAAUAGUACUUCUGAAUGUUUAACUUGUGUGCAUUGUGAUUUCAAGUAUACCGAUCAUGAAACUUUGGAAAAACAUCUUGGGUCCAUUCAUCCUGAAUUCUCUGAUCGAACAAAUACUGUGCUUUAUCAGAAAAGUGCCAAAUUAUUCCACUGUCAUUUAUGUUUCUUCACAAACAAGGUGUACAGUAAGGUUUACGAUCAUGUCACCACACAGCAUCCAAAGCUGAACAAGAUUGAAAAAACCUUCCAAACAAAAGAACGUCAUGAAGGAGUUGUCAGUGAAGUUGGUAAAACAGUGCGAGCUACAAAAAGAAAGUUAAAAGAGUCCAAAGUAAUUAAGGAAGAAAAACCUGUAAAAAAGCGAAGGGGGCGUAGAAAACGUUCUGAAAUAGCUUCAAAUACAACUGAAGUACAGCCACCACCAGUAAAACCUGCAGAAACCAGUUCAAGCACUGUUGAAGUACAGCCUGUUAAAAGGAGACCCGGAAGACCAAAGCGUAAAGUAGAAGAACCCAAAAAUGUUGAUUUCAACUGUGAAAAAUGUGGCACUAAGUUCAAUACUGCAGAUGAGUUAAAUAUCCAUAACUGUCAGAAGAAAAAGAAGGAUGCCAAUGCUGCACUGUUUGAGUACAGUGAUUCCAGUGGCCAUUACCCAAUACAGCAGGAAUCCACUCGUAAAUCAUCAGCUUCAAAUAAUCCCAAAGAAGUGGUUUCACGCACUAAAAAACGAGCAGCUUUGAAAGGUCCUAGAAAAAGGACAAUUCAAAAAGGUUCUGUAGAGCAGACAGUUUCAAGUAAUCCUAAAGUGGUGCCCCUUUCAAAUGAUCUUGAAGGGCCUUCUGAAGAAAAGGAUUAUGCAAAAAGUUUGCAAGAACAUGUUAAAUAUGUUAGAGGAACGUUUUACUGUAGUUUCUGUAGAUUCCAUUGUAAAAGUAAAAGUAGUGCUCUAUAUCAUGUUGUAAGGGUACAUGACAAACCUUAUCCUUAUCGAUGUACUGAAUGUGGAAGAUGUUUUGUUAUGGACAAGGAGCUUAAAAGGCACAUGUCUGUUCACACUGGCGAAGCUUAUUACAAAUGUUCUAAAUGUGAUUUUGAAUCUGAUUAUGCCAGAGCUUUUAAGAAUCAUGAGAAACAAUGUACCUCCCAGCAGAAAGAUAAUUGUACUGAAAACAUUGAAGCUAAUAAACAGCAGAAUACAGAUCAAGAGAAAAAGUUAAUCCGUUCAGAAUUGCCUUCAGUCCAACCCAAUAGUUCACUUAAAGAAGUAGCACAGUUGCAUGAGAAUUCCUCUCUGAAAAUUCAGUCAUCAGAUGCAGGAAAAAUGCAUUCACAACUGAAUGCUACUAAAAGUCAGACUUCAAAGUUGCAGCUUCCAGAACCUGCAGUGUGUGUGGUGGCUCAUCAAGAUUCUGCACCUUCUUCAACAGAUAAUGUUUUAUCUUGUUUUGAAUGUGGAAAGACAUUUGAAGAGCAGGACAUGUUCCAGAAGCACAAACUUCUCCAUUCUGUACAAAAGCCACCAACCUGUAAGCUCACUCAUGAUGAUUUACCAAACCUGAGCGAUGACACAGAAAAAAAGCAUGCAGAACAAAAAUCAUUCAACUGCGAUAGCUGUAAUGUUCAGUAUCAGAGCAAAGAAGAUUUACAGCAUCAUCUGAAUAUUCAUAAACCAAAUACUCAAGGCAAAACCUUUAAUUGUGAGACCUGCAGCAGCAAGUUUGAGAAACAAAUUGAUCUCCGUGAUCACCUCAAAAUUCACAAGCAAAAUAUUUCAAAGACUAAUCAGUCUAAUGUCACUGAUAACCGAAUGCUUUACAAAUGUAAUUAUUGUUCUUAUAGCACAUACCUGUUUGUCAAUUACAUAGGCCAUGUCAGAAUAGCUCACACAAAAAAUUUCCCCAUUCAUUGUUCAUUUUGUGGAGAUGGGUUUCAGCUUCCAGCUGAGUUAAAAAAACAUACUUGUCAGCAGAUUCAAGGUGCCAAUGUCAUAUCUAAUCAAGGUGAUGAGUAGAAUAAUAUGCAUUUUAAAGGGGAAAAUGCUCCAGUUCCCAGCACUAAAUCCCUCAUCUUCCUAUAUAUAGCUAAUCUCUAUUAAAGUUCUUUAAUUUAAAAUGCUUGCUUUCUUUGAAAUUUUACAGAAUUACAGGACAAUGAAGCAAAUUAAUUGUAAAUGUUUGAAAUAUGUUUUUUUCACUGCUUUUGUUUCCUUUUUAAUGUCCUGGAUCAGUUGAAAAUGUGGAAUUAUGUUUUCUUUAGUUAAUGCAAGCAGGUAAUUUUUUUUCAAAUAUAAAAUUUCAUUCUUCAAUUUCUACUAACAUUGACUUUCACAUAAUUAGGUAACUGAACGAGCAUGCACUUCAUUGUUGAAUUGUUUAUAUGCCAAAUGCACCCUACCUAUUUUUGUCUACCUUUGUUUUCUUCUUUCAUUUCUGGAGUAGUUAUGAAUAGAGGUUUUUUUUUCGUUUUAAUUGGCAAUACAUUUCAUUGCCUGGUUAUGCUGCUUGGCAAAUUUUCCAAUAUGGUGUUGUUCUGUAUGCAGUUGAUUAGUCUGUUUGAGUUAACUAAGCUUUCAAUAUAACGUUUUGUUUUAGAACAUAAUUUUCUUAAUUCUCUAUUUUCAUAUUCUGGUUAUUGCCUAACAUAUUAUACGAUAUGUGUGGAAACAAAUUCCAGGCAUAUGUGUGUGUGUGUGUGUGGAAUUCAGUGAAAAAGCUUAACAAUUCACAAAAGGUUUAGCAGGUUCUUUAUAAGCAUCUAGGACCCAAGUGCGGUUGCCAAGGGAUUUUAUGUUUUCAGUAACAGUCUAGAUGUUUGCUUAUUGUACAGACUUUUAAUUUUGUAUUAAAGACCUCUGCUGGUUAAGUGUGUAUUUUUACUGAAAGUUUAAAAAUUUACUUUCAGUUUUUUAAAAAAGUUAUAGGUAAAAUCUUUGUGUAUUCUGUAACUGUAUUAGUCACAAACUAUUAAGAAAAUCUGGUGCUGCGUCUCGCAGAGAUAAUUUCAAUACUUUUUUUAGCAGUGACUUGUUUUUUCAACAAUAAUUAUUUUGCAGUGCAUUUAUGUAUGUAACAAAUCUUUAACAGCAAAAUAUAGAUGUUUUCUGUUAAUCAAAUUAAAAAAAAUCAAAA